CUUGUGUCUUUUAAUUUUGUGGAUGAACAAAGAAAUGGCACCAAUUAAAUUAUCUACAGAGGAUUUAAAACAUAUGACUGAAGAUUUUAGCAAAGAAAACUUGGUGGGGAGAACCCAGUUCGGGAAAUUGUACAGAGGAAAGUUUAUUCCAAAAGGCUCAAACUCGAGGGAUGCAAAAAAAGGGACGGUGAAGGUAUAGAAAGAUGCUGCAAAUACAACCCGCACUGAUCUUUCUCCAGAUGACACGAAGAGUAGACUUGAAGAUGAAAUGAAAUUCCUGCAAGAUCCAAGUGUGGAAAGCCAUCCAGGCAUGGUGAAAUUAAUAGGGCAUUGCUGCCAGGAUACAACAAUAUAUGGUGCUGUCUAUGAUAUAAACCCAGAAGAUACAUUGCAGAACAUAAUAGAUAAAGACAGUUUUACGUGGGUGCAAAGAAUGAAGGUAGCACUUGGGCUGGCACGUCUAUUGGAAUUUUUGCACAAUCGAAGCUCACCGUAUCUGGUUUUGAAUAUUGAUGCUGCACAUCCAUUGCUUGACCAGGAUUUCAACCCUAUGUUAAUUGACUUCGGUUUGUUAAAAGGAGGAAUUAUUGGCGAAUAUAAGAAGGCUGAUACGCAUGGACUUCAUAAAUUUUGCUUGUUUCCCUGUCAUACAGGUUUAAUGAUUAGUAUUUACGAAGUGUUUGCUUAGUCGAUCUUUAUAUAAAUAGAUAGAUAGUUUGAUUUAGCUCAAUAAUAUUGAAAUCGACUCAACAUUAAAGGUCUCU